AUGGUCAAGCUCAACGCAUUUGUGUUCGGUCUCGCCUUGAGACAUGCUGUGGCCGCGGAGCCGCCGUCGAAGGCAGGAUCCGCGCGAGGUAGACUCACCAUUCUCGCACACAACGACCUGGAGAAUGAGCCCUCGCCAGGGUCGGGUGCCGUCCUGAUCGACCGUGUUCAGGACCAAGCAUCUGCUUUGAAGGCAUGCGGUCAACUCAGCGAGGCUCUCUGGUCUGGCGAGGGCGAAGAGUUGUCCUUCGCCAGCCUCAAGACAUCCCUGGCAUAUGAAGUCUAUCAGAAGAACUACCCUUCGAACGCCAAGUUCUGGAUCGCAAGCGGAGACGGCUGCAAAUGUCGUGCAAUUGACACCGACGGCUCACUGCACCGUCAAAAGUGCUCUGAUCGUCUGCCUGUGCUUUGUAGCCAGAGCGCGCCGGUAUCGAGCGCCACGGCUGACGAUACAUCAUCGAGCUUCCAAGUCACCCAAAAGGUCGGGGAAGCGCAGUUUACCGGAUAUCGAGACUUCUACACAUGGAAGUUUCGCGGUGUGAGAUACGCGCCGAUGCCGCAGAGGUUCGAUUACUCGACCACGCUUCGCCCGAAGGGUUCCGUCUCGGCCCUGACAGCAGGAGCCGACUGCCUCCAGCAUAAUGCCCCCGGGUCGAGCGACGACUGCCUUUUCCUGAAUAUCUGGACUCCAUCUCUGCCUGCGUCGACUGGCGGGAGAACCCAGGCCAAGCCGGCGUUGAAGCCCGUGUUGGUCUACAUCCAUGGAGGAGGUUACGUCGAAGGCUCGGGCAAGAAUGGAAAUCUCGAUCUCACCAACAUUGCAUCGCGAGGCGAUAUCGUUGCCGUGUCGAUCAACUACAGACUCGGCAACACUGGCAUGAUUGCGUUCAACGACGGCAUUCACAAGGGAAACGUUGCCCUGGGCGACCAGAUCAGUGCUCUGAAAUGGGUCGCUGAGAACAUCGCCGCCUUCGGUGGCGAUCCCGAUCGGGUGACCAUCUCGGGCGAGUCGGCGGGCGCCAUGUCCGUCCGCAACCUUCUCACGUCCCCCGAAGCCCGCGGCCUAUAUGCCGGCGCUCUCUUGCAGUCAGAUGGCCAAGGUGGCAUUUUCCAGGUUACUGCAAAGUUUGCCACCGUGGACGAAUCAUACAAAACCUUCACACAGCCUAUCUUGGAAGCCGUCAGCUGCAACGGCACAAAGGACGAGGUGGCCUGCCUCCGCAACGUGCCGGCCCAGCAGCUGGCGAACCUUCCUGUGACGGCGAACGCCCCCGUCAUUGACGGCAAGAUCCUCCGCGCGCCGUUCCUCGCCCUCGACGGAUCCGGCCCCCGCUACGCGAGGGAUGUUCCCGUCCUAACCGGUGUCACGCGCGACGAGGCUGCCAUCUUCAUUCCGCUGCUACAAAUUGACUGGUCGACGCUCGACUUCCCAACCUGGACGGGCCUUCUGUACGCCGCCCGCAGCGUCCUUGGCAUCGAUCCAGACGCCAUCCUCGCCAACCUGCCGCUGUGGGGCGUGGACCCCUCCUCGACGGGCGAGCAACUGUUCAACGCCACGACCGAGAUCCUGACACUCAACUGGUUCACGUGCCUCGACCGCGCCACGGCCUACGCGGGCACCAAGAACGGCGCCUUCGCCAAGACGUACGCCUUUAACUUUUACCGCACCUACAGCCCGACGACGUACACAACAAACGAGUGCAGCGCCGCCGUCACACCGGGGCACCCGCUCGGCGACCCGAGCCAGGAGUACUUCCGCUGCCACGGCGGCUCGCAGCUGACCAUGUUUGGCAACUACAGGCGCGUGGGCCUCGGCGACCGCGAUGGCCGCGACCAGGACUUCAGCCGCCUUGUGCUGGACUACUGGGCGUCCUUCGUCAGGAGCGGGGACCCGAACCCGGCCGAGUCGUUCCUUGCUGCUAGGGGGUAUGACUCGACGCUGGCCGGGGUGAAGAAGAGCGGCGAGUGGAGCGAGGUCGAUCCGGACGCGCCCGAGUGGAUGAUCCUCGAGGCAGACAGCCACAUGGCUCCCUUUGGAGAGGCCGACAAGUGCACUGUGCUGGGGCAGCCUUUGAACUAUUGGGAGAACACGACGCGUCGGGCCUAG